AUGUUUAACGCACCAUUUGCCCUCUCAUUAGCCCUUUUGCUCUCCUUCCCAUUGCUUUUCCUGUUUGCCCCUCACAUCCUCCCUCCCAAACCCGCCCGCAUCUCGCUCCCCGACGAGCUCGACGACAUCGCCCUCUUCCGCCGCGCCACCCUGGCCUCCCUCGACGGCGGCGGCGUCCCCAAAAUCGCGUACCUCUUCCUCACCAACACGGAUCUCCAUUUCGCCCCUCUCUGGGACCUCUUCUUCCGGGGCAACGAGGCCCUGUACAACAUCUACGUCCACGCCGACCCCUCCUCCGGCGUCACGCCUCCCGGCGGAGUCUUCUCCGGCUGCCGAUUCAUCAGCGCGAAGAAGACCCAGCGCGCCUCCCCUACCCUCAUCUCCGCCGCCCGCCGCCUCCUGGCCACCGCCCUCCUCGACGACCCUUCCAAUUCCUAUUUUGCCCUCGUCUCCCAGUACUGCAUCCCUCUCCAUUCCUUCACAUACAUGUACGCCACUCUCUUCCCCAAACCCUCUUCAACCCUUUUCCCCAGCUUCAUCGAGAUCUCGUCCGAUCAGCCCGUGCUUUGGGACAGGUACAUCGCCAGGGGCAAAAACGUCAUGUUGCCCGAGGUGCCUUUCAACAGGUUUCGGGCCGGGUCGCAGUUCUUCGUUCUGGCCCGACAACAUGCGGUGGUUGUUGUGAGGGACAGGAGAUUGUGGCGCAAGUUCAGGCUGCCGUGCUUGAAUCUGGAUUCCUGCUAUCCGGAGGAGCAUUAUUUUCCUACGCUGCUGUCAAUGGAGGAUCCAGAUGGAUGUACCCAUUACACGCUGACCAGGGUUAAUUGGACGGGGAGUGUUGGCGGGCACCCGCAUAUGUACGGGCCUGAAGAGCUUUCGGCUAGUCUUAUUUAUGAGCUGCGUUUGUCGAAUUCGAGCUAUUCGUUUAUGUUUGCGAGGAAGUUCUCGCCUGAUUGCUUGCAACCGUUGCUGGAUAUCGCGGGGAAAGUCCCAGUGUUGGAGAGAAUCUCCAAAUAAGGAACCGGAACAAUGAUAAAAGCCAGCAAAGGCAGAGGGAAUCAGGUUUUGCUGUUGUCUGUUCGUAAUCUAACAUAAAAGCGAACUUCUAGAAUUCAAAGGCUGAAUGGAGGUUUUGUUGUGUGGUGGAGGUGCAGCGGUGGAGUAGAGGCUUAUAGUGGAGUCCCGACAUGCAAAGUAAAACAAAUAUACCAAAAGGCUCGUUGUCUUCUUCCAUGAUUUUCGUUUUUGUUUUGAGCAAAAUGAGUCCAUCGUCUCCCAUUUGCUUCUCCCCUGCCACCCUAGAAAUUGUGUAUAGUUUUCUGUUUUUUUCCCACUUUUUGUGAGAUGCCAAUGUUGGGGUUCUUAGGUUUUAAUAGGUGAACCGAGGAAAAAGAAAAUCACACAUUUAUUUAUAUAUAUAAUGGUAAAUUUGUUUUAGUUGUUUUGGAGAUAGUUUAUCUCAAUGCUUCGGCUAAAUAUGAAAAUGAUUUUGGGCUAAAGUUUUUAUUUUUAUUCA